UUGAGACCCCACUCCUCUGCAAAGGUCACUUCAGAUUUUGCAAAAGGGACAAAGCCAUAGCAUAGCACACACUUCUCCUCUCUGUUUACCGUAAGGAGAACCUUGAACAAGGCCUUAAACGUUUCCAGAAAUCGGUAGCUUUCCUUCCUCAGGUAUGAAUGGUCCAAAGAACUCAUAGCUUUCCUUUGCCCGUUUAAAUCGUUUCAUCAUCGAACUUCUUUCUCUUGCUUAUCGUUAUCGUAUUUCUUUCUCUGCUCAUCAACUACUCUCUCAUUUCUCUGCUUAUCGUUAUCGUAUUUCCCAUAACUUCUCUCUAUCUCUUUCUCUGCUCAUCAACUACUCUCUCAUUUCUUUCUUUCUCUUUCUCUUUCUCUUUCUCUUUCUUUUCUCUAACCCUAAUAUUCACUCUCUCUUUCUGUCUCUCCCACCGACACUCCGAAACCCAACCUUACUAUCUGUAAAUCAAUUGCUCACCGUUCCCAUCCUUGGAUUCAAUCUCUUAAAAAAUCCUUCUUCCAAAGCAAAUCGAACACGUCUCUCAUCCUAAACUCUUCCUAAUUUGCUCCCUCUCUCUACCCUCAUCUGAAAUAGAAGUUGAAGUGAAAUAUCCUCACCCUUCAAAACCUAGAUCCAGAUUUACAAAAUUAAUUUAUGUCAAUCUUGCAGAUUUAAAGCUUGGAAAAUGACGGGAAAGUUGCUGAUUUCAUGUUUGAAGUUCAAUUUCAGAUCUUCUUUUUGUUUCAUGAGAAUAUUUUUGUUCUGUUAUUAGUUAGUUUUUUUCUUGCUUUGAAUCUUCGUUUAAUUUGUUGUGUUUAACCUUAAUUUUGAGUUUACUAUUUCGUUUAUUGUUAACUUUAUGAAUUUUCUUUUUGAAUGAAAAUUUCACUAUAAGCUUCUAUGUGUAACUUUGUUGUGAUUUGUUGGUUGAGAAAUUUUAUAUGUUCAAUUUCAAGUUUACUGUUCUAAUUAUGUCAACUUUCAAAUUUCCUGAUAAAAUGAAUGAAUGUGUUAUUACUGUUUUCCAAAUUUUGUAGUUGUUAGACUAAUUUUUUCCUGCAUAUUUUGUUAUACGCAGAUUGAGAGGAGGAUUGACAAUGAUACAAGUAUUCCAUAUCUUGCUAUGAACUAUUUUGAUUGCUUUUUUUCCAAGCAUAGUAAAAUCUUGGAGGAUGUCAAAUGGUACAUCGAUACUGUAAAAGUUCGUUUGAUUGCUAUCGCUUGUCUCACCAUCCCUUCCAAGAUGAGGAUAAAAGACUUCACAUUUGAUCAUUUUUUGAUUACUUAUUAUAAGAUUGUGAAUGAUCAGCUAAUACUAAUAGAACUUCUAAGACAUCUGCAACAACGGGUUCUAAUCCAGCUCCUCUGCAUUGAGAUCGAAAAAGUUUUCUUGGAUGCCGUGGAGACUGAACAUACUUGUCAAUAGAAAUCGGCAAAUAAUUAGAUCUGAUGUUGGUGCACCGAAGAUGACAACAUAUAUGAGAUGUACAUGGUUUGAUCAGAUGCAACAAGUUUUUUGGGAACUACCAUGCAAACUCUAAAUUGCAACCAAAUGAUUAUUUGGCAGGUUGGCAAGUUGCAAGUCAGUGUUGAUGCAAUUUGCAGUUGAUUCACAGUUGUUGCUAUUGUUUGAUGUGGUUUAACCGCAAAGAGCUGAGAAUGUUACCAUCAGGAAACUACUCAGCUGAGAACGUUGCAGUUGAUUCACAGUGUUGUUUUAAUGCAAAAUUCUCUACGAAGUUCUUAUUGUUACUGUUUAUAAAAUUUGUAACAUUUGCAGCAUUAAUAAUGCGAUAGAUUUGGACUCAGUUAGAUCAAUAUGAAAUAAUAUGGCAACUGUAAUUUGAUAGAUUAUGUGGCAACUGUAAUUUGAUAGAUUAUGUGGCAACUGUAAUUUGAUAGUUGAAAUAUGGUAGUAUCAAAUAAUAUCAAACA